GACCAAAGUGCGUAGCCGUUACCAGCGUAACACCCCCUCAUCUCCCACCCAACAACUGUUGGCAGUUUGGUGGGCAGUGAAAAACUCAAGAGACUCAAUGUCUUCACCCUACGUCACCAUGACGACCGACUACCAUCAUGAAAAGGAGGAGGACAACAGCGCCCUCUGGGUCAAAGAUCGUCCUCCGGUCUCUCUCUCAGGUGUCUCCAGGUUCAGACACUGGUUGUUUCCUGGUCUGACGGCUGUAGUCGUCCUGACUCUGAUCAUAGUGCUGGGAGCCAGCAACACGAAGACGUCGAAUCGCCUGUGGUCUGUGGAGAAAACGGUUUCCAACCUGACUGAUAUCGUCCAAUCACUGAACGCCUCACUGCAGCACGCUCAAAAAACGGCUGAAGAAGUUCACCGGCUGACGUUUGCUGUAGAGAGCAACAAGGACCAGCUGAGCUCAGUGUCGGACGCGUUGAAGCAGCUGUCAGUGGUGGAGUCUCUCAGCAAGAGCGUCAUCGCGCUCAAAUGUUCCCUCGAACGCAUCAUCAACAACAGUUCAGCAGUUGACGGCUGUUGCCCUCUGGGUUGGGAUCUGUUUGAGUCAAAUUGUUAUUUCUUUAGCCAUAAGUCUCUUUCCUGGAACGAUUCCAAAGACUGGUGUGAAAAAAAUGGAGCUCACCUGGUCAUCCUCCGCACUGACAAGGCGUGGGACUUUGUGACCACACAUACAAUUCCUGAAUUGUUCUGGGUCGGCCUGAGUGACGAGAGAACAGGGAAGUGGGAGUGGGUCAACCGGACGCCGUACAUCAUGGAGCGCAGGCGCUGGGUGCCCGGUCAGCCUGACAGCUGGACUGGUCACGGCCUCGGUUCUGGUGAUGAAGACUGCGCUCACCUGCACACAGACGGACGCCUCAACGACAUGCACUGCUCCCCAGGAUACGCUUCAUCUGCCAGACACACAGUCAGAGUGCCUGAACAGAGAAACUGGUUUAAAAACUGCCUGUUUGAGUGCUUACAGGAAACUCAUCACAGAUUUGAUAGAAAACAUCUCUCUGAUGAUCUGCUGUCAGCAGGGCUGGGUAUCAGUACUUGAUACCUUUAAAGGUAUAAUGUUUAAGAAUUGGCCAGAGUUUUAGUUUAAAACAUCCCCUAAUUAACUAAAAUUAUCAACAGAAUGUGCAGACGUACCAGUUUUGAUGUUAUGUCAAAGACCUACAUGUAUUGUGUUGCAGAGAUAUCUACUGAAGUUAGCAUGCUAACCAGCUAGCUACAGCCCUUCCUUUCUUGUAAUAUCACUUUGUACCUGGGGGCGGUAGUGAGUCGCUGUAGCCUCUAGUCUACCCUCAGUCCAAGAUGAGAAGAAGAAGAAGAAGAACAGGCUGAACUCUGUUGAAAUUUAGGACUGUUAAUAUGUCACUUUGUCAAGUUUUAAUAAUUUUUCAGAAAGUAAUCAUGUAGAGUCACAUUAUACCUUUAAGGUAUCGACCAAAAUACAAGGUAGUAUCAAAACUUCUCCAGUCAGUCGAUACCUGCGUUUGAUCCUUUUUGUACCCUCGAUCUAGAAAAAAUUACUAUUUGUCUUGUUUUGCUUGCAACCAAUCACCACAAGCGUUCUUCAAUUUAAUGCGACAUGCAGCUAUAACCCAAACAGUCUGCGCUGAUAAUACUACAUCCUACAGUUUUGUACAGUUAUUUUAUAAGUAUUUCAAUAAUUUGAACACUUUAAAAAUGUAUUUGUGUAAAAAUCAUUUGGAUGGGGAGGAGUGGUGGCAUUUUAUACAACUGAAUGCCUCCAUUACACAGUACUCUACUGGUAAUCGGUAUCACUUUAAGGAUACUGGUAUUGCUACUGGUAUCGUAAUUUUUUAAAUGAAACCCAGCCCUAGCUGUCACAAACCCAGAGGAGGCGCUAUGCCUGCUCAAAUAUUUGAUAUUGGAUGUCGUUAGAAAUUGUUUAAAGGCAACAGCUACUCUUCCUGGGGUCCAUGUUUACAACAUAAAUGUAUACACAUGUUCACAUACAUGCCCCCACCAUAAUUAAAACAGUAUUACACAUUAAAAAAGCCAAAUACAGUCUCAACAGAACCAACUCUCUCUGUAUGUACACACACGCAUACGUACUAACAAGCAGUAUCUAUGACCGCGCUUACAAAUGCUUUGAGCUACAAAUAUUUCACAAAACCAAAGAGAGGAAACGUUACUGAUUAGAUAUUUUUCAGGCCUUUGCCCAAUAAGAACCUCUUCAGUCGCUUUUUAAAACUUUCUUUACUUGUUGUCUGAGUAAUAAAGUGUGACAAACUAC